AGCAUAUCCAGUGUAAACCCCAAAGAGGUGACAUCAGCACAUCUAAUCGGCUACGACCCCCAGCACGACAUUUUACCUUUAGUGCUUGCUAACUGCCAGUAUUCAUUUGAGAUGGGUAAAGGGACAAAGAUAGAGUAUGACUUUGCUGCCUUAGAGAGACAAUUGAUGGACAGAUUCUUGUUUUCUAAGUCACGAAUUGAAGUUGGGAGAGUGUUGAUGAUUGACCAGAUGGUGUACAGAACUGAGUUCACUGAUGCUGAAGUCUUCAGAAAACUGUCUGAGAAAAUACCUCAGGAAAAUUUGAGUGCAGCAGUUAAGACUCAAAUAUGUGCUGAGAUAAAGACGCUACCAGAUAUUUGUACAUCACUGGACAAUCUAGACAUUACAAUAAGUUUUCUCAAGACGACAGGAGGUCAACCAGAGAAAACUUUACAUGAAUUCAUGGGGAACACACUGCAAAUGAAAACCACAAUACAUAGUCAAAAGGCCCAGCAGGCAUGUGAGUUGAGACAUGCACAGUCACUAUGGUUACUGCUGUCACUACAGAAAUCAAAGAAGAUGAUUGGGAAUAAUCAACACACAGAGGUAGGUUGACAAAGUAUUUUCACUCUCUAAACUGCAGCUGUAAUUAUUU